AUGCACAUUGAUCAAACCUUUGGCGAAAAGAACAUGUCUAAAAAGAAACCGAAGCUGUGUUUGUCAUUACUUUUAUGGCUAGAGGAACGUUACAAGACUGUAUGUACGAAACAUCCUGGAUUUCAAAAGGAAUCCAAGCCUCUUUUGCCAUUAGACAAUCCCUUUCCCACGAAACUUCCCGAAUAUCUUUUUGGUGAAAUAUGGGCGUUUGUUCAGUUGCCUUACUCAGUUGUCCGAGAGGAGGCUUCGGCCUCAGAAGAAAGAUUUGGCUAUGGUUCCGGGCUAGAUCUUGAUUUAUUAGGCAUUGAAAUUGACGAGAAGACGUUGAUCCCAGGACUCGCUGUUGCAUCUUCUCGUGCUAAAAUAUUAUCAGCUUUUAUGAAUGGAUUGGAUCUCUGCGCCAUUGAAGCAGACACUGCUCGCGCUAAUCUGACUCUUUCAGUUGCGAUAUCAACUCGAUAUGUAUACGCGACGUAUAAGAAAAGUCCUACAUCGACUACAGAAGCUGAAGCAUGGGAAGCAGCCAAGAAAGCUUCUGGAGGUUUGCAUUUCCUUGCAAUCCAAGAUGAGUUGGAUUCUGAAAAUUGUGUUGGCUUCUGGCUUUUGCUAGACUUACCUACUCCACCUGUAUAAUCAUGCAAAUUAUUGCGACACAGUAUUCACAGA